AUGGUUAAAGUUCUCUUGACUGGCGGUAGCGGUUUCAUCGCCGCCCACAUCGUUGAUAUCCUUCUGCAGCAUGGCUUUGACACGGUGGUGACGGUCAGAUCGGAUGACAAGGGUAAAAAAAUCCUGGAGGCCCAUCCCGACACUCCCAAACAUAAGCUCUCUUACGUGAUUGUCAAAGAUGUCGCACAAGAUGGCGCUUUUGAUGAGGCCGUUAAGUCUAACCCGCCGUUCGAUUAUGUCCUUCACACUGCAUCGCCCUUCCACUUUAAUGUUGAAGACCCCGUGAAGGAUUUCCUGGAUCCCGCGAUCAAGGGCACUACGGGUAUCCUCAAGGCCAUCAAAGCUUACGCACCCGAGGUAAAGCGCGUUGUUAUUACGUCAUCCUUCGCUGCCAUUGUAAAUGGCAAUCAACACCCUAAGGUCUACAGUGAAGAAAACUGGAACCCGGUGACAUGGGAAGAGGCUAUGGAUCCCUCCAACGUUUACCGGGCCAGUAAGACCUUUGCCGAGAAGGCUGCCUGGGACUUUGUUAAGACGGAGAAGCCCAAUUUCGAUAUCGCUACUAUUAACCCUCCGCUGGUAUUUGGCCCGGUUGUUCACUACCUGAACUCCCUCGAUGCCAUCAACACUUCGAAUCAGCGAAUGCGGAACAUCAUCCAGGGACAAAUGAAGGAAAAGCUUGCCCCGACCGGUGUUUUCCUCUGGGUCGAUGUCCGCGAUGUAGCACUGGCGCACGUUAAGGCCAUUGAGGUUCCCGAGGCAGGUGGCCAGAGAUUCUUUGUCACGGCUGGCUACUUCUCCAACAAGGACCUUGUUGAUAUUGUGCGUGAGACUCACCCGGAAUUGGAGUCGAAGCUUCCCCCCAAGGAUUCUCCAAAUGAUCUCCCAGAAAAUAUCUACGGCAUCGACAACAGCAAGUCAUUGCAGAUUCUGGGACUGAAGUAUCACUCGUUUAAGGAGUCUGUCUCGGACACUAUUGACUCGUUGCUGGCUGUUGGUGCUUAA